AUAUGCAGACUCUACGGCGAGCUAACAAACUGCACAUUCCUGGUGGCGCAGAAGAUGGACUGCUUCUGGCCCAACAGACUGGUGGAUGAGUUCUUUAUCCGAGUCCACCAACACUACUUCCAUGACUGCUCGCUGUCUGGACGGCUUCUCCAGGACCCGCCAAAUCGCAUCCUGGGGCCCUUCAUUGCAGUGCCCAUCCUGGUCACCCUCCUCAUGACGGCCUUGGUGGUGUGGAGGAGCAAGCGCAGUGAGGGGAUUGUGUAGUGAAGGGAAAAGGGGGCCAGGGUAACAGAACUCAAAACAAGAGGUACUUGUUGUCGCUAAGGUUUCGUCAUAUUCAACCCUCAGUGGCCAAAGAGUCUCUUUUUCUUGGUGGAUAUCAAUAUCAAUAGGACCAGAAUCACCUCACUAUGGACCUGGAAAUGGAUCCGGUUUAUAUAUUUAAAAUCAGUGACAUUGAUUUCGAUAAUUUCUUUGGAUAACCGAGUGAAGAGAAACCAAACUGUGCUCUUGAAUCUGAUGUGGACCAGGUGUAUAGUGGAAAAAUGUUGUAAAUAAUAAAAAAAACCUUUAAUGAAUGACACUGCUUCAAAUAAUCGUGGCUUCGGUGAUGAUGCCAAAACUCACACAAACAACUAUUUUUGGAGACCAAGAAAGUAACUGUUACAUACAAGACAGGCUACGAAUUGACAGUUACUCCAACUUCUCUAAAGGAACCCAGGUAUAUCACAUGUUAUGUGUAAAUAUACAUAUACUGUAAAUAUACACAGUGUGUACAACAAGGGAUGCAACUGUCAGUGAAUGGUCAGAAUAUCUUUAUAACACAUAGUCAAGAAACCCUAUUACACUAAAUUAAUUUCUAUCGGAUGCAAAUUCUGUGUUUCCAUGUCAUGCAAAAACACCCCCUUUUAACACAUGUGCAUUAUUUGGAAUAUACUGUAUCAUCUUUAUCAUGCAGAUGGAUUAUAGUCACACAUUCAAGAUACAGUGGGAGAAGAAUCUGUCUGUUUUUAGUUUUAAUACUUAAUUUCCCCUGCUCAUAUCAGACCUCAUGCCCACAAUCUACUGUAUAGGCAUACCCAGAGCUUAGUCUCCCUCUGAAUGGGAAACGGAGAUAGGUUUCUGCUGCAUAUUGCGAACUGAUCCAGCUGGUGGAAAAAUGCAGGAGAUAAUGAUGUCACAUACUGAGGAUUGGCAGGUGUGUGAUACAGGUGAAAAACAGCAUGCCACCGAGAAUACUGUCACUAGGGUCAAGGCCCCAAUUUGGAGGGACUAUAAUGACGGCUUUCCUCCUCCACAACCAAAAUGAAGAACUGCCAGCAAACACACGGGUGGAUGAAGCUGAAAGCAGAGACUUUGAAGGCCAAGGUAAAUAGUGCAGAAAUUUGGGGACUGCAGACAGCUAAUUAACCAAAACAUAUCACAGUCUUUCUGAUUUUGCUCCCUCACACACACACCUCUCCUAUCCGUGUUUACCAUUAUAUAAA